GACCCGUGUGGACAAGCCGAGAAGGAAGACCAGACUAGCCCCGAUGCAGAGGGAGAGCCUUCUGAUGAGGAUGAGGAGAUCGAAAGAGAGGAGAGCAGUGCCCAAGCAUCGGAUGAGGAGACGCAGCUAGUCCCGAAGGGUUCAGGUGACGACAACAGCGAUGACGAGGCUGACCGCCCG